AUGAAAAUAAAUUAUAUGAAUAUAUUUAUAUUGAUUGCAUUUAUAGUAACUAAUGCAGAACUAAUCAAAAUACAUGAAGAAGUAAAAGAGAGCUUUGAAGGGAACAAUAGUAUAAACAAAAUUAAAAUUUAGGAUGGACUAUUAAAAAUGGAAAAGUGCAAAAAGAGUUUUGUAAUUCUAAAUUAGUUUUUGGAGGAUUUGGUGGUUAAACAGUUAUUAGCAAAUUAUUGAUUGUUCCGACUCAUGCAUAUAUUAAAAUAGGCGUGGAUAUUUGGAGGUAGUAUGCAUUGGUAUGACAAAGUUCUAAUUAAUGGGGAUAAGUUAAAGUAUACUUGGAUCAUGUUGAAAUAUUGUCCGUAUAGAUCCAAUAAAGAUGUAGUGAAAAUGACUAUUACUUAAGUACUUUUACUUCUGAAUUUACUCACAGUGGAGCGUCUAUUAUAUUAGUGAUGAGUGGGAAUGGUGAGGAGAAUGAUAAUAAAGUAUUGAUAAAACUUAGAGCUAGUGGGGAUUUCGAAAUCUGGAAAUUUCAAUUGAAAAAUGUCCAUAAUCUUGCUAAGUUUGUGAUUAGGGAGAUAUUGCAGAGACAUGUUAAAUUUGGAAGAGUGUUUAAAAUAGUUGGACUGCAGCCCAUACAAACUUUAUGGGUUUGGAUGGUUGGAUGUCCAUAAAUGGAAUAAGUGGAUCCUCAAAAUGCGGAGGUACAAAGAAUCACGCUAUUAUAAUAGGAGUGCCAUUAAUAGGAGGUUAUUAAAGGUUUGGAAAUAAUCAGGGAUUGAGCAAGACAAUCCGUUUAUAGCCUCAUUACAAACUAAGAUUAUUAGUUUUAUGGGCUAAGAUCGACUCUUGGGAUAAUGAAAAUGGAUUAAUUCUAUUUGAUGGGAAGCAAGUUUGGAAUUAAAGUUUUAAUAAUGACAAUGGAUAUCAAGUUAAGGUCUGUGGUAAUUCUGAAUCUAAAUAUCACACUCUAUUUAAAAGGAUAGAUAUUACAGUUGAUCAUUCAGGUGCUUAAGUAAAGAUAGACUUUUAGUCAUCUUUAGAUUAAGGUUCAGAUGAUGAAUCUUUUGGUUUAAGGGAUCUGCAAUUAUUCUAUGCUCCUUGUUAGGAUCAAUGUGAAGUAUGUAAAGGUGAAUUUGGAAGUGAAUGUAUAAGUAUUGAUAUAUUUGUAUAUCUUCAGGAUGUUCUAAUUAUCAGUUUUAGACUUUGAACGGAUGCUCUGCUCCAAGAAGUUACUAUAUAUUAGAAAGAAACUUUUAUGCUUAAAAGUUUACAAGUCUGGAGGGAUGGAUAUUAAAGGAGACUCAGUAGAAUUUAAUAAUCACCAAUUAUUAAGAUAAAACGAUUGUUGGAGGUUAUGGGAUUUUGGGAGUGGGAGCAACGGCUGAGAAGUUGUUCAUCUUACCUCCUCAUACUUAAUUGAGAUUGGAGGUUACUUUGUACAAAAUUGAUUCAUGGGAUGGAGAAAAUAUAAUAAUUGAAGUUGAUUCUUAAGAUGUUUGGGAUUCCUAGAGGUUAUAAGACUCACAGGACUUCUUAUAUGGAACUGCUUAUUUUGGCACUACCAUCUACGCCAGUUGUUAUGUUACACAUGAUAAAUAGGAAGCUCUUGUAAGGAUAAAAUCAACUUUAGAUGAAGGUGCUGAUAAUGGUAAUAUAUCUUAAUGAGUGUAGAAUCAUGGGGAUUCAGAGACUUUUGUUUGAUGUAUGAUGUGGCUAAUGUAGUUGAAAUUUCUGAUGCCUAAGAAUCAUAUUUAUUAACUUUAGGAAUAGUAAUGAUUAUUAGUUUUAUCUGA